AGCAGUCCCUUUUAAUCAUUAAAUACUACUCCAAUUCAAAAAUAUAUAUUUUACACAAUUAUCAUAUUCAGAACUAUGGUAUGGAUGGAUAUGAUAACAUCUUGGUAUGUCCUUACUUCAUACAGAGCUUAUCAUAGAGAACUUAGCCUGGACCCUGAUGUGUUUGUACUGUCUUGCCAACUCCUAUGGUAUUCUCAUACCAAACAACAAUGACCGUAGGAGUCGCAGCACUAACAGAGCAGGAAUCAGGCUAUAAAAGUCUUUGCAUUAGACACAAAUGAUGAUUGCUUGACUAAUUAUUAAAAGGUCACCUGGAAAUCAAACUUACGUUCCUUUUCUACCACCUGUGAUGGAAAACAACAGUAAAAAAAAGAGCACCGUUUUGGUUCCAGGCAAAAUGACGUGGGAGAGAUUUAACACCUGAAUAUUUCUGCUGAUCCAUUCACCAGGCACUAGGAAGAGAGGAGAACAUGGCUACUCCACUAGUAGUGGUGAUCAGCUACAUCACCCCCCCAUGAAGAACCUUCCCAGCACAAAGACAUGCUGACGGACUGAGACCAACCUCCAUCAGUAACCAGCACAUUCCUGAUCCUAAAGAUCAUCCUUUCAAAAACGUUUACAACAUUCUCAACUUCUGUUAAAUAAGGGAGCAUUUAGUCUACAUAUCAUCCCUGAGGUCUUUGUUCAGUGCCAACUGGUUCAGUAUGAUUGUAAAUCAAUAUAAUCUGGGACAGAUCGUCCUUGGUUGUCUUUUUUUAGAAUGCAUAAACACACUGUACAAAACAUUAAGGAGACCUUCCCUGAUAUUGAGUUGCCCCCCACCAGAACAGCCUCAAUUUGUCAGGACAUGGACUCUACAAGGUGUUGAAAGUCAACAUGGGCCAGGGAUGCUGGCCCAUGUUGACUCCAAUGCUUCCUACAUUUGUGUCAAGUUGGCUGGAUGUCCUUUGGGUGGUGGACCAUUCUUGAUACACACGGGAAACUGUUGAGUGUGAAAAACUCAGCAGCAUUGCAGUUCUUGACACAAACCGGUGCGUCUGGCACCUACUACCAUACCCUGUUCAAAGACACUUAAAUAUUUUGUCUUGCCCAUUCAGCCUUUAAGUGGCACACAUACACAAUACACGUCUCAAAUGACAAAAAAAUAAAUACAAAUUCCUUCUUUAACCUGUAUCCUCUCCUUCAUCUACACUGAUUGAAGUAGAGUUAACAAGUGACAUCAAUAAGAGGUCAUAGUUUACACUUUGAUGCAGCUGGUCAGUCUGUCAUGGAAAGAGGGUUCCUAAUGUUUUGUCCACUCAGUGUAGGUCAAGAACGGAAGAAUUAAAACUGAAACUUUCUGUCACUAUAAAUCACUGAUAAACCUGGAACAGUGGAUUCAUACUUUAUUCCAAUAAUUCACAGAAAGACAUGGCGCGUAUUUCUUCGUGAACUAACAAAAUCACCAUGGACCAUGGCUUCUUUUAAAGCAAAAACGAAGAUUAUAAAAAAUAAACCAACGGAAACUGCAGAGCUUUGAAAGACAUCGUCUAACUACUGAACUUUCAUAUAGAAAAUAAAAAUGGAUAGGAACAUUUACAGGUGGGUUAAAAGUGGACCUCGUGGGUCAUCAAGGAGUUUCCAAAUUCAGAAACACAUCACAAAAAGUCCCUGUUUGUUCUCCUGGGGAACUCACUGUUGAAGAAUUCCAAGUCAGAGGGACUCCUCAAAGCUUCAUCCUUCCUGGUUCUAGAAAUACUACAAAAGCAAUAUCUGAAAAAACAGGGAAUAUUUCUAAGGUUAUGGAAGUUAGAGUUGGUGGUGCCUGCCAAUCAGGCUGUGGGUGAGGUGGUGGUGCCUGCCAAUCAGGCUGUGGGUGAGGUGGUGGUGCCUGCCAAUCAGGCUGUGGGUGAGGUGGUGGUGUCUGCCAAGCAGGCUGUGGGUGAGGUGGUGGUGCCUGCCAAUCAGGCUGUGGGUGAGGUCUGCCAAUCAGGCUGUGGGUGAGGUGCCUGCCAAUCAGGCUGUGGGUGAGGUGGUGGUGUCUGCCAAGCAGGCUGUGGGUGAGGUGGUGGUGCCUGCCAAUCAGGCUGUGGGUGAGGUCUGCCAAUCAGGCUGUGGGUGAGGUGCCUGCCAAUCAGGCUGUGGGUGAGGUGCCUGCCAAUCAGGCUGUGGGUGAGGUGCCUGCCAAUCAGGCUGUGGGUGAGGUGCCUGCCAAUCAGGCUGUGGGUGAGGUGCCUGCCAAUCAAGCUGUGGGUGAGGUGCCUGCCAAUCAGGCUGUGGGUGAGGUGCCUGCCAAUCAGGCUGUGGGUGAGGUGCCUGCCAAUCAGGCUGUGGGUGAGGUGCCUGCCAAUCAGGCUGUGGGUGAGGUGCCUGCCAAUCAGGCUGUGGGUGAGGUGCCUGCCAAUCAGGCUGUGGGUGAGGUGCCUGCCAAUCGGGCUGUGGGUGAGGUGCCUGCCAAUCGGGCUGUGGGUGAGGUGCCUGCCAAUCGGGCUGUGGGUGAGGUGCCUGCCAAUCGGGCUGUGGGUGAGGUGCCUGCCAAUCGGGAUGUGGGUGAGGUGGUGGUGCCUGCCAAUCAGGCUGUGGGUGAGGUGAUGGUGCCUGCCAAUCAGGCUGUGGGUGAGGUGGUGGUGCCUGCCAAUCAGGCUGUGGGUGAGGUGGUGGUGCCUGCCAAUCAGGCUGUGGGUGAGGUGGUGGUGCCUGCCAAUCAAGCUGUGGGUGAGGUGGUGGUGUCUGCCAAUCAGGGUGAGGUGGUGGUGCCUGCCAAUCAGGCUGUGGGUGAGGUGGUGGUGUCUGCCAAUCAGGCUGUGGGUGAGGUGGUGAGGUCUGCCAAUCAGGCUGUGGGUGAGGUGCCUGCCAAUCAGGCUGUGGGUGAGGUGCCUGCCAAUCAGGCUGUGGGUGAGGUGCCUGCCAAUCAGGCUGUGGGUGAGGUGCCUGCCAAUCAGGCUGUGGGUGAGGUGCCUGCCAAUCAGGCUGUGGGUGAGGUGCCUGCCAAUCGGGCUGUGGGUGAGGUGCCUGCCAAUCGGGCUGUGGGUGAGGUGCCUGCCAAUCGGGAUGUGGGUGAGGUGGUGGUGCCUGCCAAUCAGGCUGUGGGUGAGGUGAUGGUGCCUGCCAAUCAGGCUGUGGGUGAGGUGGUGGUGCCUGCCAAUCAGGCUGUGGGUGAGGUGGUGGUGCCUGCCAAUCAGGCUGUGGGUGAGGUGGUGGUGCCUGCCAAUCAAGCUGUGGGUGAGGUGGUGGUGUCUGCCAAUCAGGGUGAGGUGGUGGUGCCUGCCAAUCAGGCUGUGGGUGAGGUGGUGGUGUCUGCCAAUCAGGCUGUGGGUGAGGUGGUGGUGCCUGCCAAUCAGGCUGUGGGUGAGGUGGUGGUGUCUGCCAAUCAGGCUGUGGGUGAGGUGGUGGUGUCUGCCAAUCAGGCUGUGGGUGAGGUGGUGGUGUCUGCCAAUCAGGCUGUGGGUGAGGUGGUGGUGCCUGCCAAUCAGGCUGUGGGUGAGGUGGUGGUGCCUGCCAAUCAGGCUGUGGGUGAGGUGGUGGUGUCUGCCAAUCAGGCUGUGGGUGAGGUGGUGGUGCCUGCCAAUCAGGCUGUGGGUGAGGUGGUGGUGUCUGCCAAUCAGGCUGUGGGUGAGGUGGUAGUGUCUGCCAAUCAGGCUGUGGGUGAGGUGGGGGUGUCUGCCAAUCAGGCUGUGAGUGAGGUGGUGAGGUCUGCCAAUCAGGCUGUGGGUGAGGUGGUGGUGUCUGCCAAUCAGGCUGUGGGUGAGGUCUGCCAAUCAGGCUGUGGGGGAGGUCUGCCAAUCAGGCUGUGGGUGAGGAAGGGAGGUCUGCCAAUCAGGCUGUGGGUGAGGUGGUGGUGUCUGCCAAUCAGGCUGUGGGUGAGGUGGUGGUGUCUGCCAAUCAGGCUGUGGGUGGUGUCUGCCAAUCAGGCUGUGGGUGAGGUGGUGGUGUCUGCCAAUCAGGGUGUGGGUGAGUUGGGGGUCUUGAAGAGGCCAGUCUUUCUGAGGUACCGAACGAGGAGAGGCACCGACACCAGAGUAAUGCUGAUUCGAAGAGGAGCGAAGAGCUUGUGGACGGCGUACGCCAAGACAAAUGUACUGGUCCCCGCCGCCAACCUGGACUGAAGCAGAGAUUCACUAAAACCGAUCUUAUACAGGAUGGCAGCCAUGUCAAUCCCACUAUGGAGA